CACAGCUCAACUACUUUCUAGCAGCUAACUGGGAGGACAUAUAAAACAAAGGUGUUUAAACUGCUCUUCAGCUCAUUUAAAGAUGGGAAUUAUUGAUGAUAUCAAGGACACGGUAUCCAAGGCGGUGUUUACUCCUUCUUCGCUGUUAUCUGGCCGAGGCGGACUGCACGCGGCUCAGAUCCUUCUGUCUCUGGUCACCUUUGUCCUGGCUGCCUUCAGAGGGGGGAGCACCCAUACCUACUGGAACUAUGCAAUGUUCACCUGGGCCUUCUGCCCCAUCAUGACCCUCAUCAUCACCAUUAUUGAGAUGUUAAAGCUUGAUGUCAUACUCAAUAUGUUUUGCAUGGACUGGGAUGACUUCACCACUGGGAUGGCCAUGUCUUCUACACUCAUGACUGUCUCUGUCGCCAUUACCUAUGCCAAUUUCUAUGCCUGCCUGAAAUGCCUGUAUGGUUGGAUAGUGAGCAUAUUUGCUUUCUUGUGUGGCUUUGUCUACACAGUGGAAGUGGUGAAGGACAAAAUCAUGGACAAGAAGAAAGGGUCCUACCUGUCUGCUCUGCCUGGAUUCUGGAAGGUUAUGGAGGCCUUUGUGAGCUGCAUCAUUUUUAUAUCACUGACUGGUUACAGAGACAAGCCGGCUUUGAUCUUGUGUAUUAUAGCAUAUGCCAUUCCUUUCCCCAUCCUCCCUCUAAUAAUAGCUACCAACAUCUUAAAGAAACUGAAGAUGUGUUUGCCCUUUAACCUGGACAGGUUUGUGUUUAUAUUUCUGGUGAUCUCUGUUGUGCUGUAUAUAUUUGCAGCUAUUGUGUGGCCCAUUUUUACAUUCAGAAACAACCCUCGUCCCAGUGACUGUCCACCAAGCUUCUGUAUCUGGGCCAUACAGUUUAUGGUUACAUUUAUGACCUAUGUGAAUCUCAUUCUUUUCACACUGGACCUCAUUUUUACCCUGCUUGGCAUCUGUGGGUUUAAACGCACCUAAACUUUAACAGGACAUUUAAACUUGUUCUUCAGGGUUAGGCUUAGUCUUAAUAUAAAAACAUCUCUUCCCAUUACAUUAAAACAAAAAAGUGUGUUUUUUUUCUAGCAAAAAAUAUGUUUCUAGUUUAAAUUAUGCCUUUAAAGCCUGAUGUAAAUUGACAUUUCUGAUCAGAAGUCACGUGAUCACAUUUUCCACAUUUGGGUCCAUGAGUGUACGCAGUCUCUUUUGGAGCACAAGCAGCACUGCAGCUGUGCACCAAUCAUGGAUUGGGGCUUUAAACAUCCAUUUCUGGUCACACUCAAAUUGCCAGAUUUAAAAGCUAAUCGACAUUUGUGGUGAUGUGUAAAGAACACACAAGGCCAGGAUUUUGUCACACUGGCUCAAUAUCAGACUGAACACAGAACAGAAAAGUGGCAACAACAAAAAAAAGCUACAAUUCUAGCCAUAGCGACAGUUCUGAGCAACUAGGUUUCUGGUAGUAUUCUUUUAUAUAUUCUGCGUAUUAUGUUUGCAUGAUGAACAUUUGAACAUAUAUCCUUUGUCCAGUUUAUUAAUGGUCCAAUGUAAAGUAUAAUGUGUGAUGCAUAAUUAAACCUAAUAUUACAAUUCA